AUACAGUACAGAUGUUAGCUCGUUUUAAUUUAAAAAUUUCUUUAAUAUAUCAAUUGAAAAAUGUUGAAUCGAAAAAGGGGAGGUCUUACAAGGACCAGAAAAAUGGCUAAAAAAAAUGCACCAGCUGCUCUUCAAACUGAAGUUACAAAUGACGAUGAAUGGGCUAAAAUAUUAGAAAGAAAAGGUCUAGUAGUUGUUGAUAUUUAUUCGGACUGGAGUGGACCUUGCAGCGGAAUGGUAAGUAUUCUUAAAAAAAUCAAAAUGGAAAUUGGAGGUGAUUUACUGAGUUAUGCUACGGCAAAAUGUGAUAAUAUAACUGAUCUUGAACGUUUUCGAGGCAAAAGUGAACCAACUUGGAUGUUUAUUCAUAAUGGUAUGAUGGUCAAUUUAAUGUUUGGUGCAUAUUGCCCAGAACUACAAAAAAUGUUAACUGACGAAUUACAAAAAAUUCAAAAUAACGAAACUCAUGAAUUUUGUAUACCAGUUAAUGAGAGAAGUCCAGAGGAACAAAAAAGAUUAAAAAUAAUGGAAGAAGAGCGUUUAGCAAAAGAACAAGCAAAAAGAGCUCAAAAAGAGGCUGAAUUAAAAUCCCAAUAUGAAGCUGAAAUAAAACAUUUAGAAAAUUCAUUGAUAAAUGAAACUUGUCUUUUGUUGUAUCCAUGGGUUUUCAAAGAUGAAGAAGGACAUAAACGUGAUAAAAAAUCAAGUAUACCAUACAUGGAUUUAACUGAAAAUGUAUUACCAUAUAAUUAUACAAUUGAACAAGAAUUGAGAAAACGAUUGGAUGAAGAUCUUGUCAUGUCGAUGCUUCAACACUCUGAUUGGGAAAUAACACCAGAAGGUAUGCAGCUAUUUACUGAAGGAAAAUGUAUGUUUAUGAGAUUAAAAGUAAAUGAAAAUCGUCCAGAGAUGGAUGUUGAAAGAUAUCUUCUUAGUUUGUUAUUUGGUGAGCCAAUAUUACCACCAUUAUUUACACAACUUCCUGAAGGAUGUUUUGGUGAACGUCAUAAGCCAGCAUCAAUUCCACUUGGCAAGGAAAAUUUAAUUUUUCCAGUUGUAUGGUCACCAUCAAAUCCAUUGAAUAAAAUUAUGGUUUUUAAAACUAUUUUUCAAAAAUAUCUUGAUACUACAUAUCCUUACGAGGAUAAAACAGAAAAAACACCAAUAAUGGUAUUCAAGUAUGAUAGUACAAGAAAAAAUGAAUUAAAAGUUGUAUUGGAAAUGCAAGAAUCAGAAGUAUUGAAUUUUGGUAUAUUUGAACGUGAUAAACCACCAGAAGCUAAAUUAAUAGCAACAACAAUUGAUGAAUUUGAUGAAAAGAUUGAAGAAAAAACUGGAUUUGAAACUUUUGUUUGUGUUGUUAAAAAAGUUGGAUCAGAAGCAUUUUUAACAUUUGCUGGUAUUGGACCUUAUCAUGUUAGUGAAAAUCCUGAAACAGCUAUUGAAGAAUCUAAAUUAUAUUUUCCUGAUGUGACUGGUCCAGAUGAACAAUCUGAUGAUGAAGAAAAAUUAGAAGAUGCUGAUGGAAAUAAUGAAGAACAAAUUGUAGUAACAGAAUCAAAUGAACAGAUUUAAAAAUAAUUGAAUC